AGAAAAUACUCCCCAUUUUAAAAAAGUAAAAAAACAAAAAACAAAAAACAAAAAAUCAAACUACCAUUACCAAUGCAAAUGACAUUUCAUUAUUUCAACCUCAUGCAUUUCAUGCCAUUCUACUAAUAAAAAUAUUGCAAUACUAGCUCUUUCCUUUUCUCUCAACCAAACUAGGUGGCCGGAAAGCUAGAAUGAUGGCGGAAGACGCGGCUCUUAGGCGGUGUUUGGUGUGGCUAGCGGUGGUGAUAGUGGUGGUGGGAUUUUACACUCAUUCUUUUAGGAAAAUGAUGGUUACAUAUUUUGUUGGACUUGGUGGUAUAGGUGGUGUUCUUUUGCCGGAUUGGGAUUUCUUUGAUAGAGAUUUUUCUCAGUGGACUCAGCCUGUUAGUGUUGAUGAAAUUACACGUUCCGAUGUUCUUAGGGCCGGAUCUACAAGGUUUCGGUUUUACCCGAUCAGAACCGUGAUCUACGCUAUAGUUUACAGCUUUGGGUUGUACAAGUGGUGGGCGUACGUAAGGCAAUGAAGGGGAAAUCGCCAUAUAAUUAGUUCACUUUCAUUCAAUUAAACUUGUUUGUGUAAACUAAUUCAUGAUGAUUCUUAGUUUCUUACAUAUUAAAUGUUCAAUUACAUAUUAAGUGUAAGAAUCAUUUCAGAUUAUUGUUGCAUGUUUUGUAGAGGGAUUAUGUAGCUUGAACUAUGUAUGAUUGUACCCCAAAUUUAAGCAAUUGUAGUUUUGUUA